UGUUCUGCAACACUGUUCGGUGCGUGCAUGGAGGCAAACAAAACAACAACAACAACAAGACCGGGCCGGCAUGUGUGCAAAAAUGUCAAAACGAAGCGCAACGCAUAAAAACUAAUACAAGUUUAUUUAAAAGUACGCUUAAAAACAUUAAUAACAAUUGCCGUGCGAGAUAACUAACACAGAGAACAGUAGGCAUCGAUGUGCUAGACAAGUGUGUGCUGUAUGUAAUAUAUAUCAAAAAUCAAUGACAAUGGAGUGGUACGAAAUUGAAUUGGAUGGAAAUCGCACUUGCAAAUUUCCCGAGCAUUUUGUGCCUGGCUAUGAGCAGACCUUAACCAGGUCAAUAAACGAGCGUGGCGCCAGCUCUAAUUACAUUGGCGGCAUUAUAAACGGCGGCAAGUGGGGCUGGCUAACGCGUCAUAAUACAACGGAUGCAACCCUGAUGAUCUGUGCCCUGGACAGUGGGGAUCGUGUGUCGCGUCACACAUUUUGGCGGGAGAAUGAUAAGAAGCCUGGACAAGGAUUCCGCUGUAGCAUACGUUGUGUGGAGGAGCUAUUUCCGGGUGAAGAUCAUCUGGAUGGUGAUGGACGUGUUCUGCUCGCCGUCUGCCUGCAAAUGGGUCCAAUAAUGGGCUCCAGUUCGAAAUCCCGAUCGGAUUUGAUCAUCUAUACCCCGACCUGUAGUCAAUUGUUGCGUUAUAUUGAUCUACAGUCGGUUGGCAUCAUUGCAAGCACUUUGAAGUUCUUUAGCUCCAAUUUAACGACUUGGAUGCACGAUUUCGAUGGUUGUCUGGCUGUGGGCACUGAAUCCGGUGAGGUGCAUCUGCUGGAUUUGAAUGCCCGGCAAGUGGUGAGCAAUCGCAGCCGGAAUAUCCAAUGUCCGGAUAAGGAAUUUCUGCGUGCGAGCGUAAAAUCGCAAAAUUGGAGUGAAUUGGACUGGAGGAGCAUGAAGUCCACUUUAAAGGAAUGCCAGCUGAAUGAUGUGCAUCUGUGUCUUCAGAUAGAUAUGCAUAUAACCGUGCAUUCACCGAUCUGUAGUCUACUGCCUAUAGAGUUUAUUACGGGUUUCGCAGCCGGUUUACAAGAUGGUCGUAUUUGUAUUUACAAUCUCAAUAAUAAUACGCUGGUGACGGUUCUAAAUUUACCUGGAGACGAACCCCCGGCUGCUGUGGAGCGUCUUUGUUAUAUUGUGCCACCGGAUGAUCCGAAGCCGUGUUUUUAUAUCUGCGCCGUUUACAAUCGGCCAAAACGUUUAAUGACUUCGCUGCAUGUGAUAAACUACAAGAGAUCUGUGGAAAUGGAGGACACUAAAGACGGCUUUCAGUUUCGCGACUUUCAGGCAUCGGCGACACGUGUGCGUCUCCUGCUCAAUGAUGAAGAUGAUGAUGAUGAAUCCGCAUCUGCGUGCACUGUGAUGAACUGCAAUACGGUGUCCACAUUUCCAUUUGUGGGUGACAAUGGCACCUUGUUGACCGCCAUCAGUUGGCAUUCGCAUAAGGAUAACAAGAACAAGUUCAUACUGAUUGACAUCAAUCAGUGGUACAAGGAUGAGUUGCCCGUCUGUCAUCCGCCACAGACAAAACCCAAUUAUCUGUGUGGUUAUAUUCUCAGUGGACACGGUCACACUGGACUUGCUCUACAGAUCGAUCCAAGCACCGUUUUGCACUUUGUCAGCCAGCAGCGUUACGAUGAACACUUUUAUCCCAAUUCCCUGUCAUUUGAGUGCUCCUUGCUGACUCCCAGUGGUUGUCGUCGUUAUGCACACGUUGGAAUACAACGUCGAUUUCUGGGCGCCAUGUGCAGCCAGCGGGCGAGUCUGUUCCUUAAUCCGGAGCCUUACCAGGAGGAGAUCAUGUAUCUGCGUCUAAUGCCGCAGUUUUGUGAGCACAACGUCAAUGCCAAAUUCUCGAAGCGUGCCAUGUAUGAAUUGAUCCUAUCGGUGGCCUUGGAGCACAAUCGGAUUGGAUUGCUCAACAGUUGUGUGCAGAAUUGUUUGGACGGCAGCUUCAUGUGCAACAUGUUGAGCACGACAAAGUUAUCCCUGUCCAUACUGACCAAUUGGAUUGUGAAGCGGGCUGGACAGAUUAAGGAGCGUUGUGCGGAACUUUGCCACGGGAUCUUUGAGUACGGCGGAUAUUCGCUGGAUGAGCGGGAGCGUGAGGAGUUCCAGGUGUUGAAUGCACAGCUGUUGAGAUUACAGCAGCUGCAGUUGCUCAUUACCCAGCUGGGCAGGUCACGUUUAAAUGCCGAUCUGCUCGAGAAUCUGCAGUCGACGGAACAAACUUUAUCCGUGCUCUAUGAAUAUCAUCGUGUCAUCUUUUGGAUGAUCGAGCAGGAAAUACUGCCCGAGGGAUAUGAGGUGCUGGAGGCGGGUGUGCCGCCUCUGAAAUUGAUGCGACGCGAUUACCAGGAACGUCGCAAGCUCCAGCAAAAAGUCUACAUCGAUGAGCUGCUGCAUUUUAGUGGAUUCCGCAUCCAGGAUCAGUGCAAUCUCUAUCCGCCCGAGUCCUUGCACACCUUGAUGCAUCUGUUGUUGCUCCAGGAAUCCAAACUAAGACAUAAGCAUGAGCUCCUGCUCUAUCUACUGCUGGAUUGGGAUGAACUGGACUCCAGGAGGCAACACAAACAACUCUUUCACAAGUUUGUUGUUGCCUUUGACAUUGCGGCGUCGUUGGUUCGAUCAGUGCGUUCCUUUUGGCUCCUGGAUCGCGGACAACUCACGCAAUCAGUGGAGGAGUUGUAUAAAUGUCGGAGUGAGAGCAACAAUUAUACGGAUUGGCAGACGAAGCUGCUGCUGGACGUGCUCCUCUCCCAGGGCGCCGUGAAGGAGGCAAUGCAAGUGAUGGACCUGCCACCUGGACCGAUAUCCGCGCAACUGGAGUUACGGGUGCUGUUGGCUAAUCAAAAUAUACCGGAGGCCUUUCAUCACGCCCGUUUGAACGAAGAUGAGAUGGGACGUCCCUUGCUGGAGUAUUUCUUUGAGCACUGCAUACGCAACGGGAUGUUUCAGGUGCUCGGCAGUCUCUGCUUGAGGGAGAAUGAGGAGCAGUUGGUUUAUCGAUUGUUACGCAAGUGUCAGACCCGUCAGACGGACGCAGUGCAGCUGAUUCUGCUGCUAAAGCGUUGCAAGUACAUUGAGGCAGUGUCCUUUAUGGAUGAGGUGGCAUCCACCUCCAAUCUGGAUGAGGAAUCCAACACAUUGCUCUCUGCCUAUCGGAGCACAAUGGCACCGGUUACCCAAUCCAUAGCGGGCACAUAUUUCCGCAUCCGGGACAAAUUGCAUGGCGAUCAGUUAAGAAAUUGGCAUCCCGAACCCUUUAGCUGUCAGCUGGCCAAACAGAAUGCCACAGGGCAGCUGGGAGGCAUCUUCCAGAGCUCCGCUUUGAGUGCCCAUUGGGCGACUCGUUAUGUGAACGAACCGUCUGCCCUGAGCAGCCAGAAUAUGCCCUUCCUGAGGAAUGCCGCACAGGCGAGGAUCAAUCCCCUACAGCCACAACGUCGUCUGGUGCGUCCCACUCCCUGUCUUCUGGUGGAGAAGCGUCCUGCGGAGCCGGAGGAGCUUCAAUCUAUGCAGGCGGCGAAGCGUCGUCGUCUCCUGGGCGAUCAAAUUGGUGAACAGGUAACUGGACUCAUUAAGCGUUCCUUACGCCUGGCACAGCAGGAGCGGGAUCAGGAACUGAAGCUACACGAUGAAAAACAAGUGCAAGCAUUGUUAAUCCCACCAGCUUAUCUAGAAUUUAGGCGGACUUCCAAUCACAGUGGGCGAGUGGAGCCUGUGCGUCCUCCAGUUAUAUUGAAGCGUCCACCGCCUGCUAGCGUGGAGCCGGAGAAGCUGCAGCAGCGCAAGAGUUUUCGAUUUAUGCCGCCAAUACCGCUGGAGAAGAUGGAGGAGCGAGUGGAGCGGGAGAAGGAGCAGCUGGAGCGGGAACACGAGCAAGAGCAGAGGGAAGAGAAGCGGAUGUGGGAGACAAGGCAGGAGCUGAAGGAGCAGCAGGUGGACUCCAUGGAGCUAGAUGAGGAAGAGGAGGAAACGGAUGAGAUAUUUAUGGAAUUCGAGCAGCCAGCGGCAAGUGCCCAAAUCUCGGAGGAUUCGCAAUCGGAAACCGAGUCGGAGUCGGAAUAUCUAUCGCCGCUGGCCUCAGCCAAUGUAUCCUUGGCGCUAAUGCAGCAGGUGGAGCUGGACAGGGAGCAGGAGAGAAAGGAGCAGCUAGAAAUGGAAAGGAAGAGGGAGGAGCAGGAGCAGGAGCGGGAAGAGAGGAAACGGGAGCAGGAACACUUGAAAAGGGAGCAGGAACGUCUGAUGGCACCACCAACGGGUCCACAGCCACGCAGCUCACUCUUCCAGUCGCGCAGUCAAGAGCAUUCGGAACAGCAACCGGAGCAGCAUUCGGAGCAGGAGGAAUCCAGUGGAUUUGGCAGCUAUCAAUCCACCAGCAUUCAAGUGGCCAACACGUGCUCCUCCGCCCUGUUUGUGCCACCCAUUAGCUCAUCCAAGAUGUGCGAAUUCCCAGUGCCUCAAAACAUGGCCAGUACCAGUUCCCAAUCAAACUCCAACUCCAGUUCCAACUCCGGAUCCAGUUCCACUGUCAGCUCCAGUUCCAGCUCCUUGAUGACCUCGACAACCACAGCGCAUGUGAAGAUCUCAGAGCGCACCACAAUUUGUGGUGAUUUGGAGCUUGAUCCCGAUCCUAGCCUGGUGAUGACUUCUGCCUGGCCCAUGAUGUCCUCCAAUUUAGCUAACUUUGUGCCACAGACGCGCCAGAUGCUGGACACAACGCUGGGCAUGUCCACCUGGGAUGUGACGGCGCAGGAGCAGAAGGAACAGGCGGAGCAGGAGGAACAGGAGGAGGAGCAGGCGGAACAGAUGGAGGAGCAGCUAGAGGAGACGGCGGAGCAGAGAGACCCGCAGCAGGAGCAGCCGGAAUCCUCCUCCAUCAGCAUGGAUGAGCAGGAGGAGGAGGAGGAGGAGGAUGAGCCCGCCUCCACCGCAAUGGACUAUCAACGCAAUUCGCCCAGUUACAGCAUCAGCAGCGAAUUAAGCGACAUGUCAUCCACCGAUUUGACCCGAUCCCGUCCAGAACCGCCCGUUUACUCCAUUGUGGUGGAAUCCACGAAUUCCAUCACGACCUCACAUUCACCCACCUCCCAUACGCCCAACUCCUAUCUGCCCAGCGAUACGAAUGUUUCCCAGAACUCCAAUUCAAGUCCACGUGCUGGAAAUGGAGGAGCACAUGGUCAUGGAGUGGGAACAGGACCUGGAACCGGCGCUGGAGCUGCACGUGGCUUGUAUCGUGCCAACAGCUUGGAGACGGUUGAUGAUUUGGACACCACCAAGGGUUCCCUGGAGGAUGAGGACGAGGUGGGGGAUGAGGAUGAGGAUGAUUGUGUGAUUGCCUUGGAUGGCACCGAGGUGCGUGGCUAUGUGGCACGUCCCGAAGCCUUGACAGCCGGCAGCAGCCUGGAAUUGUUUGCCUUUAAGCCCAGUGGAGGAGCUGGGGAGGAGCAGGCGGCUGUGGGGGCUGGGCAGGAGCGGGAGGAGUUGCCCGCUGGUGGCUCCUUGGCGGCCACAGUGGCGGAGAGUGAUUCGGUGUUGACAUAUACCAUUAAUCUGGAUAGCAGCGAUGAUGCUGCAGUUGCUCCACCAGCUGGAGAUGAUGACAGAGAAGAGAGAGGAGUGCGGGAGCAGGAGGAGGAGGAGCAGGAACUAGAGAAGAUGAAGGAGAUUCUGAAGGAGCAGGAGCGGAAGGAGCUGGAUAGGAAGCUGAAGCAGGAGGAGGAAAGGAAUCAGGAGGAGGAGGAGCAGUCCAAUCCUGUGCCCCGCCAGCUACGCCAACGACGCAGUGCAUCCAGUGCUUCCCCGCCGCCGCCACGUCGCAUCCGCCUACGCAGCGAUGACCAAAGACCAAGUCCCAGCUCCAAUCGGAGCACUCCGACCCUGCCCUCAAAUCCGCCACGUCGUCGUCGUUUGCGCAGCAGCAACAGCGAGGAAUUGGGCACACCAGAGGCGACCACGCCCACAUCCCAGCCCAGGUAUCGACUGCGCAGUCGGGAUGCCAGGCAGGAUUCCUUGGAGGAGCAGGCGAAGGAUGAACAGGCGACAAAGGAGGCGGAGGAGGAGGAGCAGGAGGAGGAGCAGGUGUCCAUGUUGAAGCGUAAGCUGCGAGCGGGUUCCAUGCCCGCCAUAUCCAUGUCCUUGUCCACGGUGCCGGUGUCCACGCCCAAGCGGCGACAGAAGCUGCUCCCAAAGCCACUGGAAGCGAUACUGGAGAAUGUGGAGACAUUGGAGGCAAUGCCACGCAGCACCAGAUAUCGCGCCCGGUUGAGUCAAGUAGUGACGUCAACUCCGGAUCAGGAACGGGAACAAGAUCAGGAGCAAUUGGAAUCCUUAACGCGUCCGCGUCGUCGCUCCUCGCGUUGUCUGAGUGAACCGCCUGUUGUUAGUGUUCCUAAUCCUGUUGUGGUUGGCAGUGUUGGUAAACCGCCAACGGGACGCAAACGCGGUCGGAUUAGCAGAGACUCCGUGGAUGCAGUGACUCCCACUGCCACCGCACGUGCCACGCCCACUCCGCCACUGACAGCAGGCACAACGCCGACGACAACGACAACAACAGAAACAAUCGGAAUUGGAACUGGAACUGGAAGUGGGCGAGUGUUGCGCAGCAGACGCAGCAGUCAGCUGGUGGAUCAGGAACAGACAUCUGGAACAUCAGCUGCUCCCGUUUCCGUUCCUGUUCCUGCUGAUAACACUGCACAUGUGAAUGAAGCGAAUGUGCCUCCAAAGAAACGUGGUCGGAAUAAGAAGGAGUAAAUAAUUCACCUGCACUGUUGCAUUAUAUAUAUAUAUAUAGAUAUAUCUAAAUUUAUAUUGAAAGCCUAAUUAAAAAUGCGGCUUUAUGUUCUGUUCACUUUUAAAUGAAAUUGUACAUGAAACAAGAAAC